CGAAUCACCAGUAUAUCACCAGUAUAUCAGCGAAUCACCAGUAUAUCACCAGUAUAUCAGCAGCAUAUCCUACAGUGAAACUGGCUAAUGAAGGCAAACCAGAGAAAAUAAACAAACAAAUAAAUAAAUAAAUGCAAUAUAAAAUUCUGACCUAUUUCUGAUUGAAUAUUAGAAUACGAAGUAGUUAAACACGGCUUUGUGGUGAUAAAAUUCCGCUGUUCCUUAAUUGUGCACCUUAUAAAUGCAUUAACAAUCUCAGGAUGCUGUCACGAACCUGUUAAUUAACGACAAAUAAAGUCACGCGGAAACUUCAGCCCGAGCUCAUUUGCAUGUAGCGGUCCUGAUUGUCGGCUUUUGAUUGGCCGUUCUAACCGUCAACUCUCCACCCCUCAGCACUGACUGGUGGUCUGAGUCGCCUGUAACCGGGACUUGGAGAAGAGGCACGAGUUUGCGCUGAAGUGGAGUCAGUUUUUACCGAGUUGUGGAGCCAAGCAGCUGCUGAGCCGAGGCUAAUAUGCAGCUGAGAUGAAGCCGCACUCCGAUUGGCUCUGACUUUUUCUUUUGCUUUUUUUUUUUAAAGCCAUUUUCAUUCAAGCGGUUUGUCAACAUGGCAGAGCCGUCGGUGGCUGCAAAAAUGGCGUCACUUGUCCCGGUCCGGACCGCGACUCUGAUUCUCUUAACCGUCUGCUUAAUUGCGCCGACGCGCGCCAAAGAAGGCGGGGGAGAGGAGACCGUCAUCAUCGGCUUGCGCCUGGAGGACACAGACGACAUUUCGUUCAUGGACCGGGGCUAUCUACGGGUGAGCGAGCGCUCACGGGUCAAGUUGCGCGUGUACGGGCACAACAUCAACAACGAGACGUGGUCCAAGAUCGCGUUCACGGAGCAUGAGCGGAGUCGCGCCGUCGCCAGCCUCGACCUCUCCAACGGCGACAACAAGAGCCACGAGGAAACGUCAGGUUUGCACCCGUGCGGCAUCAGGACAUCGGACAUUUUGAUCUUACCGAACAUCGUGUUGAGUCGCAAGACGUCCGGGGUCGUAGAGAUUGAUGUUAAACCUUUGAGGAAGACUGAGAGGAGCAAAGCGUACUACUUGUGCAUCGCCACAUCUACGCCUGCUGGCACGCAUGACCCGUGGACAGAAAGCACGUGGAUAUAUCAUGAAGGUGAUGACACCAAAGUUAUCGUGGUGGAGGAAAGGAAGUUUCUGCUCCCCUUUUGGCUCCAGGUGAUCUUCAUCUCCAUGCUGCUCUGCCUUUCCGGUAUGUUCAGCGGCUUAAACCUGGGACUUAUGGCGCUCGACCCGAUGGAGCUGCAGAUCGUGCAGAACUGCGGCACCGAGCGCGAGAAAAACUACGCGCGUAAAAUAGAACCGGUGCGCAGCCAGGGGAACUACCUGUUGUGCUCGCUGCUGUUAGGAAACGUGCUCGUGAACACCACUCUCACCAUCCUGCUGGAUGACAUCGCCGGAAACGGCCUGAUCGCCGUGGUCAUGUCCACAAUCGGUAUCGUGAUUUUCGGUGAGAUUGUGCCUCAGGCCAUAUGCUCACGCCACGGGCUCGCCGUAGGCGCCAACACCAUCUUUCUCACCAAGUUCUUCAUGCUGCUCACGUUUCCCGCCUCGUACCCUGUCAGCAAGCUGCUCGACUACCUCCUCGGUCAGGAGAUCGGCACCGUGUACAACCGCGAGAAGCUGCUCGAGAUGCUGCGCGUCACCGACCCCUACAACGACCUGGUCAAGGAGGAGCUGAACAUCAUCCAGGGCGCGCUCGAGCUGCGCACCAAGACCGUGGAGGACGUGAUGACGCCGCUGCGUGACUGCUUCAUGCUGGCGGCUGAUGCCGUGCUCGACUUCGCUACGGUGAGCGAGAUCAUGGAGAGCGGCUACACGCGCAUCCCCGUGUACGAGGAGGAGCGCUCCAACAUCAUUGACAUGCUCUUGGUAAAGGACCUGGCUUUCGUGGACCCGGACGACUGCACGCCGCUUAAGACUGUCACCAAGUUCUACAGCCAUCCGCUGCACUUUGUCUUCAACGACACCAAGCUAGACGCCAUGCUCGAGGAGUUUAAAAAAGGGAAGUCACACCUGGCGAUAGUUCAGAGGGUCAACAAUGAGGGGGAAGGGGAUCCCUUUUAUGAGGUGCUCGGGAUCAUCACCCUGGAGGAUGUGAUUGAAGAAAUAAUCAAGUCUGAAAUCCUGGAUGAAACAGAUUUAUACACCGACAACAAAACAAAAAAGAAAAUCACCCAUCGGGAGAGGAAGCAGGAUUUCUCGGCCUUCAAGCCCAUGGACAAUGAAAUGAAGGUUAAAAUAUCACCUCAGCUUCUACUGGCUACUCUGCGUUUCCUAGCAACAGAGGUGGAAACCUUUGGCCUAAAUCAGAUGUCUGAGAAGAUCUUGCUGAGGUUGUUGAAGCACCCUAAUGUAAUCCAGGAACUUAAGUUCAAUGAGAAGAACAAAAAAGCACCAGAACAUUACCUUUAUGUCCGCAACAGACCCUCAGACUACUUCAUCCUCAUCCUGCAGGGGAAAGUUGAAGUGGAGGCAGGGAAGGAUGGGAUGAAGUUUGAAUCUGGAGGGUUUUCAUCAUAUGGAAUGAUGGCCCUCACUGCUUCUCCAGAGAACAAGUCUCCACCUAGGCCAUAUGGACUGAACCACUCUGACUCGCUGAACCGGAGUGACCGCAACGAAGCUAUUAAUCCCCCACUGGGCAGCAGCAACAACCAGCUCAACUCCUUUCUGCAGAUCUACGUACCAGACUACACAGUUAGAGCCAUUACAGAUCUUCUUUAUGUCAAGGUCACCCGUCAGCAGUACCAGAAUGCCGUGAUGGCAUCGCACAUGGAAAAGACACCGCAGCCAUCGGACAGCGAGUACACCAAAAUUGAACUGACUCUCAGUGAGCUCCACGACGGCAUGGUCGACGAGACAGACAUUCUGCUCAACCAGACGCAGAACUGCGUUGCUCACAAAAAGGCGAACCACAUGGUGCACAACGAGGGUACCGUCUAGCCCCCAGUGGGGUGGUUGGGAGUUUACAAAAAUGGGUGAAAAACGAAGCUGCUUCUGUUUUCUUUUCACCUUCUGAGUUGUCUCCACCACCCCCUGUAACAACUGGACACAAAACUGCAAAUGACUGCUGAAACAGCGUCUGGGUUUUCUCGACACAAUAACAGGACUUGAACAGCCAGUUCCGUUCCACACACCCUGCCGUGUGCCUGUCCACCAGACCAAAGAGUUUGGAGUUUGGACAUCCUUCCCCAUCUGUCACUAGGCCCUGAACAUUCUCCUCAACUGUCCCCUUUAAGGUGCCAAGAGGGAUUUCUGGGAUAGAGGAGGACCACAAGUCAAAUGGAUUACUUUCUACAACAGGCUGAUGUUGUAAUAUGGUGAGUCAAAGACUGUGCCAAAUACCAAUUUGAAGGAAACCAUGAACCGCUUACCAAUAACAUUUUCCUCCUGUAUUUAUUUAUUUUAUACAUGUCUACUGUAUAUACGUAUGUGUGCAUGUAAUACAGGCACAUGCCAAGAACACACCUUUGUAAAAUUCAGUGAAAUGUGUGUACUGUAAAUUUUGUGCCUUUAUGAGUGUGAAUGUGAUGCCAUGCACAUGCUCUAGUAUAUACAUAGUUGCAAAUACAUUACUGUAUAUGUAUUGGUGAGGGUCUUUUACAUGUAUGUAUAUUACAGAUAUUGUUAUUUUUACUAUUCUAAAUCAGGCAUAUGGUACAGUACAUUUUACACCUUUUUAAAAAGAGAAAUCACAGUAUUGCCUUAAAAGAAUCAUAUUAAUUUUUAACAAGUGCAAUGAACCAUAUUUCUAUUUAAAAAGAUGAUUUAUUGAUUAAAAUCACUUUAUUGUAAACAGUAGCUAUAUUUGUAUGCAUUCACUGUGUUGCUAAAAUUUGCAUGGGUCACCUGUAAACACUGAAUCACUACCUGCUUGCCUUAAAAACGUAACCUUAGAGGAUCCGAGUCUCUUUAAUGUGGCCUACUAAUGACAAAAUUCAGGUUUGAAUAAGCAAAUAAUUCCAUCUCUCAUACGAAUAUAUAUACAAAGAGACAAGACUUUGUACUGCUGUGCAUACGGGCUGCGCUCGGAGUCGAGUAAAGCACGUAUUAGGGAAUUAAUACUGAAAUUGCACACACUGGUAUUCCAAACUCAGACACAACUUAAGAGCUAUUCAGAAUUUACGUAAGAGUUGUGCAUGUCUAAAUGAAUUACUUGCGAUUCUGAACUUGAAUUCGAAUGAGUUUUUCUUCUUGCUCUGUAUGCAACCUAAUAGGAUGUGCUGGAUCAAGUGCUAUUUUAUAUUCUAAGCUGCUAUAUAAUGAGGGUGGAAUGAGGCCAUAUUGUUAAAUCAAACCAGUUUGUGGUGUUAAAGGUGUUUAUCAUUAGUUGUCUUAAUUUCACGUUUUACACUGGACUACAACAGAAAAAUUCUAGAAAAAAUGCUAUUUCCUAGAUCUUUUUGUGGGCUUGUGUUUAAAUGUGCUGGUAUAAAAGCUACUGAAAAACCCUGUCUCCAGUGUUUUUACUUAAGAAAUAUUUUCUUGCAUAGCCAGUCUCUGAGUGCGAGUCUCACACUUUCUCUGCAUAAAUAUUGAUGUCUGUUGAUGACUUUAGUUGCCAACUUUGAAUAAGGCCCAGUUUUUAAAGCAGGUGAUUCCGAAUUGCUUUGAUAAUUACACACAGUGAAGACUUUGCUCGUAUCUAGAUGUUAUCUAGCCGUUUAAAUUUUUACACUGUGCUCACAGCUUUGUUAAUGGAAAACGUUAGGGCUGAUCAGACCCUCAUUUACUGGCUAUUCUUCUUUCGAAGUAGAGAAUGGAUAUUUUAAAAAAAAAAUGUUCGUCAAUUCAAGUUUUUUUUUCAAAUUUCUCCCAUAAUCUUAAAAAAAUGACCAGUUAACUUACAA